UAAAGUGUAACACUCGCCCUAUAUAAAUGCUUGAUAUUAUCAAAGAUAUAAUAUUAGUUCAGUAGUAGUACCUUAAUAUUAGAUCAGUCAAUCGCGUUCUUGCGGAAGUGAAAAUGACUUCUCCGAGUUCUUCAGAUAUUCGGGCGGCCGUAUUGCAGUUGUCCGUGUCUGCCGACAAAUCAACGAACAUAGCCAUCGCUGUGAAACGUAUACAGCAAGCAAAGUUGAAUGGCUGCACAUUAGCCGUACUACCAGAAUGUUUCACUACACCAUACGAUAAUGCUUUGUUUAGAAAAUACGCCGAAAUCAUUCCCGGUGGUGAAACGUGUAAAGCUUUGUCACAAGCUGCCAAGUCAAACCAAAUGUACGUUGUAGGUGGUUCAAUCCCAGAGUUAUGUGAUAACAAAGUCUACAACACGUGCACAGUUUGGGAUCCAAAUGGAAACCUAAUAGCCAAACAUAGAAAAGUUCAUUUAUUUGAUGUAAAUAUCCCCGGUAGUACUUGCUUCAAAGAAUCUAAUGCCAUGUCUGCAGGAAAUACACUUAAUACGUUCCAAAUGGGUAAAUUUAAGGUCGGAUUGGGUAUUUGUCAUGACAUGAGAUUUUCAGAAAUGGCAGCGUUGUAUCAAAAACAAGGAUGUGAUUUGUUGAUAUACCCUGGUGCUUUCUGUACGGAGCUUGGACCACCACAUUGGAGCUUAUUAAUUAGAUUCCGAGCAUUGGAAAAUCAAACAUUCGUGAUUGCUGCUUCGCCGGCCAGGGACACUAAAUCUAAUUACGUGGCAUGGGGACAUUCAAUGGUUGUGGAUCCCUGGGGUAAAAUUGUUAAAGAAGCUGAUGAAAAGGAUAUGGAUUUAUAUGUAGAUCUUGAUUUUACGAUUCGGGAAAACAUUAAACAGCAAAUACCCACUGGAAGUCAGAGAAGAACUGACAUAUACGACACAAUUGACGUGAAAAAAAAUUUAAAGUAAUACCAUUUUGAUUGAUUGACUGAGACUUAAAUACCUAAUAUAGUCUAAAUGGCAUUUUUGGAAAUCGGAUCACCGCAAUUAUUUUAAUCAUAAAGAUAUUAAAAGAAAAAAAUGUAAAACUGAUAAAUCAUUUAAAUAAAAGCAGAUACCUAUAGUAAA